AUGUUUUCAACCCUCCAAGAGUACCAUCAAGCAAUCAUCUCAGCGGCGUGGAUGAUCACUCUAUCCCUCAUCCCGCAAGACCUAGUGCGGGCUGGAGCCAUCCUCUUCGGCUUUCUUAUAUAUCUACAGACCUACCGCCCACGAAUCCUCAUAAAAACACUUCAACUUCGACUCUCAUCUUUGGAGGUAAAUUUGCAGGAUGCCGUGGAUAGUGGAAUUAUGCGUCAAUCGAAUGCAAGUUUCACUAAUCAAUUCGUGAGGGACAUGGGGAGAAUGCGCUACAUGAGCUUGGAGCUCUACGAGAGAACGCUCAUGACGUCCGGCGGAAUUUUUCAGGAGAUAAUGGCCGUUUGCGACGGCCUCUCACUCAAGAUCAAUGAGUGCCCAUUGGUCUCCCCGAUUUUACAUGAUGCGCAGAUCAACCGCGCAAAAAUUCUAAAGAAUCAGUAUCAUUUGUGGUGUGACAGGCCCAACUGA